AUGGAACGCACACAAACUCAGUCAUCGCCGACGACGACUGCGGCGGGCCCACCUCCCACAUCUUCACAAACUCAAAAACUCAAGGAUUCUUGUGACAAGUGCUCCUCUUCUAAAGUGCGCUGUACAAAAGAAAAGCCUUCGUGCGCGCGGUGUGAAAAGUUGGGAUAUUUAUGUUUCUAUAGCCCUGCACGACGGAUUGGGCGACCGUUCCGAUCGAAAGAACUUACAUCGGCAGAAAAACAUGGCAAAGAAUCAGAACAGCCUCCUUCUACCAGGGCAGUAAAGACGACCCGAUUUGUAGAUGAGGGAGAUAGACUAUUCUCUCGGUUCAAUGCAUCGUCUACACAUGUCGAUGUGGGCCGCAAUAGCGCCAUUGCCAAUCUCAGACCCGAUCGACACAAUGUAUCGCUCGGGGCGCAACGACCAGAAUACAAUGUGACUGGAAAACAUUGGCACAAGGUCGACCCAGACUGCAUGUUGGUCACCAUGGACCUCUUCUCCGAAUUGGAGAUUCCCGCCGAGCAGCUCAGGCGUUCAUCUUCGGUAGAUUCCAGUCUACUCAACACAACAACGCAGGCUAUCUCCGCUGCGCUUCGCCGCCUAUUCACUAUUUUGAUAUGCCCUUGCUCUGAGCGCGCCGAAAUUGGCAUGUUCAUAUCUGCCCUCUGCAUGACUAUCAUUGAUAUGCACGCUAUGACAAUCGCCAAGUGCGCUCGCAACAAAUCUCCGCCAGCGGUGCUGGAUCAGACAGGUUUUUGGGAUGAUCAUGGAGUGGCUGCUCAGGAGGCGCCGGAAAAUGAAGCCAUGGCCAUGCAGGUAUUAGGAGAGCUUUCCAAGGUGGCCAAGUUAGUUUUGCAAUUCACCGAGCGGUAUAGUGCAAAUGCGAGUGGUAAACAAGCCCUUCUUGAAGGCAACGAUAUCCCAUUAGACUUUUUGCCUGCGUUGGGCAACUUCAUGCGGGAGAGGUUGCAGCAAAUUACAAAUGAUGCAACAUACUGGCUAGGAUAG